AUGGACGCCGCCUCAUCUGUCUCUGGGAAGGGACUGCAGGUUGGCGUUGUUGGGGCCGGAGUUGCUGGCUUGAGCGCGGCAAUCGCCUUGAGAAGGAUAGGCCAUAGUGUUGAAGUCUUUGAACGAUCUCAGUUCAAAAACGAAAACGGUGCGGCUGUCUCUAUCACGCCCAAUGGCGGUCGAAUUCUACAACGAUGGGGUUUCGACUCGGUCAAAGCCGGCGGUAUCGAGAACGUUCAGCAGGUUCGUAGACCCAAGGGAGAUACCCUAGAGGCUAUGGCGCCAACCUUGUCUUUCGCCAACGUUGAACAACAAUACGGCAACAAGUGGUAUUUCUAUCACAGAGUCGACAUGCACCGACAACUGAGGGAAAUGGCCGAGGCUGCCGGGUCGAUCAUCAGGCUCGGCGCCCAAGUAAUGGAUGUCGAUCCCGAAACUGGCGUAAUCCAACUCAAAGACGGCUCACAGAUUCAAAAAGACCUCGUUAUCGUUGCUGACGGGCAACACGACCGUAUCAACGCCAAAAUCACAGGCAAAGAAGUUCCCAUGAAACGCAGUGGCCAGACAGCCUACCGCUGUCUCAUUCCGAUGCAAGACAUACUUUCAGAUCCCGAGACCAAGGACUUUUUCGAAGGCCAGGCGCCGGGCUUCUGGGCUCCUGCUCUUCCCGCCAAGGGUGUCAUGGCAGUGACAUACCCUUGCCGCAACAACGAGAUCCUCAACGUUCUCGCCGUCCACCGCAAACUCGGCCAGCACGCCACCAGCGAGGAAGACAUUGUCAUUGACGAUUGGAACUUCCCCGCCACCCAUGAAGAUCUGGAGCGCGUCCUGGACGGCUUCCACCCCAGCGUCAAGAAGAUGUUCCUCAAGUCUCCCGAGGUCAAGGUCUACACACAGAUGAAGCGCGAGCCGCUCUCUAAAAUGACCAAGGGCAAGGCCCUCCUGAUCGGUGACGCGUGUCAUCCUAUGCUUUUGACCCACGCACAGGGUGUCAGCAGCUCGAUCGAAGACGCCGCCGCCCUCGAGCUGUUCCUCGCCGACGUGCCUACCUCGGGCGAUGUCAGUGCCGCGCCGUCGGCGAAACUGCUUGAGCGUCUGGACCAGUACGAAAAGUUCCGGCUACCCAGGGUUUCCGCCACGCAGAUUCUGACGAACCCCAUCGUACCCGGGCCCCAAGCGGCGGCGAAGCAUGCGGAACAAGAGGCCGAGAUCAGGAAAUACUACUCUGGACCGUUGCCGGCGACGGGGGCAAUGCCCCACAGUCCCCCUAUCUGCCAGUUCUUUUUCAACUAUGAUGUGCAAAAGGAAGGUCUGGCAUUCCUUGAAUCUCUCAAGCAACAAGGGGCUACCGCCGGCACUGCACCUGUCGUCCCGGUCGUGAAUGGCGUCGAGAAAACUAAAGUGGUUGUCGAGCCCACGUCCGUCCAGAAGGCGCAAGAAGGCGUCGCGAUGGAACAACGCGUGCUUGACCUCGAGCGUAAACUGGCCGACAUCGAGAAGAAGCUGUCAACCAUGGCUCUUCACGUGUCGACCUUGGAGAUCCAGCCGACACCGCCUCAAUCACCACCUGCUCAACUUGAGACGCAGCCUCGUAUCCUUUCCUAA